AGGCACUACCGUACCUUUGAAUUUACACCAGGAGUAUCGGACUGAGAAGUAUCAAACCUAAAGUUUUCGCCCUUCUUGCCGUAAUUACGAGACGAUAUCAUGGCUCUGUAUGAAAACUGUACCGGCAAAGUUUCGCUCAAAAAACCCCAUGGCUAGCAAAGCCGUUACACACUAUCUUCAGUUCGAUAUCCAAUGGUACCUCUGGACCUCCAAAUUCCGAUUCUCUACCUUUCUCUACAUUCUCUGUCGCUACGCUCUCUUAGCCAACGUACUCUAUCUAUUGGAUAUUGCCGGGAAGUUGACCGAAAAUUGCAACACCUGGUACCAGUUCAUCGGGGCUUUGAGUGUCUUAGGGAGAGCCGCUGUAAUUGUGGUGUUUGCUGGACGAACGUGGGCGGUGUGGGGUCAAAAUCGGUUCGUUCUAGCCUAUAUGUCCAUCUUGGGUGCUGCUUGCGUGGCAUUGGAUAUUACUCAUGUCCCGGGACUUAGAUGCACUGGUGGUUCGAGUAUCCCAAUUGGUCUGUCCUUACGAUUCUUUGCGACGAUAAUCUGUAAAACUGACUCGGGUCAUCCAGCGAGUGACCUACUCUCCAUCUUGAUGGUUGUCUUUGAAUACUCCUCCGCAAUCCUAAACAGUAUUCGAUGCAUCCAAGCAUUCAGAGCUCACGGGAAAAGCUUUGAAGAGCAAAAAGAAGGUUUCCAAUUUUUGCUCUUUGAACAAGGUAUUUUUUAUUUCAGCAUAGUAUCGCUGUUCACAACCGCAGCAGUUAUUCUCAAUUUUCAAGCACCUUCUGGAUUUUUCCAGCGCCUUCUGAAUGCGUUAACCCUUCCUCUCUCUGGACUUCUGACCGCUCGCUUUCUAUUACACAUGCGUGAGUGGGAGUACAAGAAUUCACCAGGAGCAAUGUCCAUCCACGGCAUCCAAAAUGGUGGACCUGAGGGUCAUUUAAGCGCGACUAUCUCUUUUAGAGCGGCCUCCGUUGCUUUAUCCACAAUCAUAACUUCGGAUUUUGGCUCAGAUCCUGUCGCCCGGGGUCCAAAUCCAAAGAAUUCUCGGAAUAGGUCGACAGGGGCUUCCCAGUCUGAGGGUAACGAUUCCAUACCCUCUACACCGUCUACGACCUCCCAUUCUCGAGUUGACGUCGAAUCUCAGCCUCACCCUGAGCCUACUAUGAAGUCUGAAUCCAGUACUGAGUCCGUGAAGGAGGGGAAGAAACGAGUACAGUACGCGUAACUGGAGAAACCAGUGCCAACAAAAAAAAAAGAUGAACUAGUUUGUAUUAUCUUGAUUGGAAUGUAUAUUCUAUUAUUUAUGACGAUAUAGUAUAUUUAUGCUCGAGAUCAGCUCUGACAUUGA